GAUGGAGAAGGCAGUAGCAGCAGAAGCCAUAGCCAAGGUCUCAUCAAUCUUCAUAUACCCAGUAAAAUCAUGCCGCGGAAUUUCGGUGUCCCAAGCUCCUCUCACUCCAACUGGGAAUAAAUUAUUGAAAUGAAGAUUGUUGGUUGGAUUGUGAAGUGCAGGGCAUGUUUGAUUUUUCCAACAUGUUUUGGAUGUACAGGAUUUCGAUGGGAUCGGCAGUGGUUAGUUGUAAACUCCAAAGGAAGGGCAUAUACUCAAAGAGUUGAACCAAAGCUUGCUUUGGUUGAGGUAGAGCUGCCAAAUGAGGCGUUUGUCGAGGGUUGGGAACCUACCAAAAGCUCUUAUCUAGUACUAAAAGCACCUGGCAUGGAUGUACUUAAGGUUUCGUUGAGUGCACCACGAGAAAUAGCAGAUGGGGUUUCCAUGUGGGAAUGGUCUGGUUCUGCAUUAGAUGAAGGAAAUGCUGCAUCAAAAUGGUUUUCAGAUUAUAUUGGGAAACCCAGUCGACUUGUUCGCUUUAAUACAGUUUCAGAAACUAGGCCUGUGGAACCCGAAUAUGCUCCAGGAUACAAAACCAUGUUCUCCGACAUGUAUCCUUACAUGCUAAUAUCUCAGGGAUCAAUGGAUGCACUGAAUCAGCUUCUGAUGGAACCCAUACCAAUUAACCGUUUUAGACCCAAUAUUCUUGUUGACGGUUGCGAACCAUUUUCUGAGGACUUGUGGACAGAAAUCAAAAUAGACAAACUCACAUUUCUCGGUGUCAAGCUAUGCUCCCGUUGUAAGGUACCUACGAUCAAUCAAGACACUGGCAUUGCAGGGCCCGAGCCAAAUAACACUCUUAAGAAAAUCCGAUCUGAUACAGUUUUGCGUCCGACGCGAAAACAGCAAGGAAAGGUCUACUUUGGGCAGAACCUAGUUUGCAAAAGCUUCCUUACUGGGCAGAAGGGAAAUGUCGUAACGGUUGGAGAUCUGGUUUAUGUCCUUAACAAAGUCUCUUCUACUGAUGAAGCAGCAGCAUGAAUGUCGAAGAAUAUUACACGCACAAUAAGAACUGCUUUCUAGUGCAUAAUAACAAGUGGGCUGCUUGUAUCAUGAUGAAUGAUAUGUGAUGAUGCCUUUCUUGGCGUGUGGCCUAGCUAAACUCCCCAAUAAAUUAUAAUACAAUCGCAUUUUGCCGUA